AUAUCAAUCUUCCGAGGAUAUCAUGUUUGAAUACGAGUGUGAGUGAAGCAGUAGCGCUGGCGUUGACUCGAGAGGAAGCGAAGCGACGGAAGGAUGAUGCUGAACGGAAAGGGGUAGUAGCGAUGGGCACCGUCGUGGGGGAGGAGGAUAUUGGAU